AUGAGGGUAUUCUCACUCCUCUUCGCAGCGAUAUCAUUUGGUAGCACCUACGCCGACAAAAGCAUCACCAUCCCCAAGACCGUCCCCGCCGGAGCAGGCAAAGAGGUCGAUCCAUCCUUUCCAGCUUUCGCCUUUGAAGUAUCCUCCUUCUACAACCAUUCCUUCGAUGCGAAUAACAAUCCCAACCAAUUCGUGGCGAACCUCAUCCAAGGAAUCCUCGAUCGAACAGGUGGAACACCAAUCCYCCGCGUGGGAGGAACCUCUGGAGAUCUCGGAUCUUACGAUGCAGCAUUGAAGAUCCCAGCUAGUCGACCUGCGACAGAAGGCGGUCCGGCUCUUGAUCCUCCAUAUCAACGAUUAGGUCCAUCAUGGUUCAAUGCCUUCAAGAACUUCCCCGGCGCCAAAUUCGUCUUCAUGGUUCCUCUCCGUCAAGACAACAUCAAAAACACAAUCGAAUAUGCCCGCAAAGGUCUAGAAAUCAUCGGACCUCGUCUCGAAGCUUUAGAAAUCGGCAACGAACCCGACUUCUACCCCAAAUUCAGCAUCAAAAUGUACGUCGACCGCUUCAUCAAAUUCGAAACCGCUCUCGUCAAAGCCUUCCCUUCUCUAGAUCGGAAAAUCUUCCAAGGAAUUGAAAAAGGCUGGGACCCUCCCGUCUCCCUCCCAGUCUCCGAAGCCUUUGCCAAAGGAAUGAACGCCCAAAACCGCAUCAAAGCAGUAGCAUAUCACUACUACCAACACUCCACGGGCCAAAUUCUCCCAGGACAACUCCAAUCCCACAUAUCAAACCACACUCGCACAGUAACACAAAUGUCCCUCCUACGUCCCAACAUCGCCUGGUUGAAAUCCCAUCAUCCAGAUUUAAAAUUCCUGAUGGAUGAAGUGGGUGCUUCCAUGGACACGACGGGAAAUUUCAAUAACCUCGCCACAGCGCUCUGGCAUGUCGAUUAUUUCCUCUACUGCAUGUCUAUUGGAGUGGAUAGAAUCCACAUGCAACAAAUCGUCGCUCCGGGGUUUAAUCUCUGGGAACCUGUAGCUUCACACUGGGGGACCUCCUCUCGUGCGAGCGAAUUAUUACUCGCAGCCUUUUAUUGGGGAUUUCAUUAG